AUGCUAGACGAAGAAAUCUUCACCGUCCAGGACGUCCCCCUAAAGGGCAAAGGGCUCGUCGCUGCCACCAGAAUUCCUAAAGAAGUUUUCAUCCUGACUGAAUCCCCUCUGACCGAAGUCCCUCGUGAUGGUCCUUCCCACGAAGCCUUGCAUCAAAUCAUCAUCGAAGUAGGCAUCACCGAAACCAAUGGCCUUUGUCCCGGUCCUGACGCCAAAAAUGGUGCUGUAUUCCGAACCACCUCGCGUCUCAACCACUCUUGCAAGCCAAUGCACAGACUCAAAAUUAUUAUCACCUACUUGGGUGAACCUUUGUUGGCCUACGAACAGCGUCAAAAGAAGCUCAAGGACGCUUUCAACUUUGACUGUUACUGUCGUCUUUGCUAUUUGUCAUCCGCUGAAAACAGAGGUCAAGACAUUGGUGCUUCCAUGCGUCCCGUUGCUUACAACACUAGAAUCAGAGGACGAGAGAUUGAUGAUUCCAAGCCUGGAGUAGGCCGUACAGUUGUAAUGCUCUACGCUGCACAACAUAUCCCCAUGGACAGAGCUAUGGGAGUUAUUCAUGGGGAUCCAGGACAGCUACGAAUUCUGCCAACAUAUUUCAAGGACUUGUUGCACUUGAAUGACAAAGUGCAGGAAUACUCGGUCGUCCACAAUCAGACUAGAAAAUGUCACGGAUGUGAGAAGGAGUUGGCCUUUCUGAAGAAGUGCUCCAGAUGCGGGUUCUUCUGGUACUGCAACCAGGACUGUCAAGCUCGGCGUUGGAAUAUGUAUGAGCACAGGCAUGACUGUGGACUUCUUCGGAACGGAAACGUAAAGGGUCUCUUCCUUGUCAAGUGGAAUGAACUUAAGACGGGCGUUUCUUUUCAACUGAGCGUCUAA